UCAUCACUGUUGUUCCCUCCUGCAGUUCCACAGAGUGUCCCACCUGCCGGCUCUCCGGUGCUGAUGGUACCUCAGUCCACUCGCACCCCUCCCUCAGACAAGACACGGAGAGCCCCCCCUCCAACACCGCCCAAACCCAGGCGACCAACCUGUAACCCGAACGCCUGCAGAGCGUCGGGCCGCGGUCUGCAGCCGAAAGGCCUGAGGGUGAAAGAAGUGGCAGAUUUUAAAGUUUACACUAAAGGAGGCGGCAGCGGUGAACUCGAGGUCACCGUGAAGGGACCAAACGGCCUGGAGGAGCCGGUGAAGGUCCUGGAGAUGGAGAACGGUGUGUUUGAGUGUAAUUAUUAUCCCAUCGUGACGGGAAAAUACAUCGUCACCAUCACCUGGGGAGGACACAGCAUCCCACGCAGUCCGUUUGAAGUGCAGGUGAGUGAGGAGGCGGGGCCUCAGAAGGUGAGGGCCUGGGGCCCGGGUCUGGAGACCGGAAUGGUCGGGAAGAGUGCGGACUUUGUGGUGGAGGCCAUCGGGACGGAGGUGGGAACGCUGGGUUUCUCCAUCGAGGGCCCGUCUCAAGCUAAGAUCGAGUGUGACGAUAAAGGUGACGGAUCAUGUGACGUUCGUUAUUGGCCAACUGAACCUGGCGACUUUGCCGUCCACGUCAUAUGUGACGACGAGGACAUCAAGGACAGUCCGUUCAUGGCUCACAUCGUUUCUGCUGUCAACGACGUCUUCCCAGAGAAGGUGAAAUGUUACGGUCCUGGUCUGGAGCCUCUCGGCUGCAUCGUCAACAAACCUGCUGAUUUCACCAUCGAUACUCACGGAGCCGGACGAGGAGAACUGAAGCUCUAUGCUCAGGACGCCGAGGGUUUCCCCAUCGACAUACAGAUCACAGACAACGAGGACAGCACCUUCCUCUGUGUUUAUAUUCCCACCAAACCCAUCAAACACACCAUCAUCGUCACCUGGGGCGAAGUCAACGUGCCCAACAGCCCGUUCAGGGUGACGAUCGGUGAAGGCAGCCAUCCGGAGAACGUGAAGGUUUACGGUCCAGGUGUGGAGAAGACGGGACUGAAAGCCAACGAGCCGACGUACUUCACCGUGGACUGCAGCGAGGCUGGACAGGGUGACGUCAGCAUCGGGAUCAAAUGUGCUCCAGGUGUGGUCGGACCUGCCGAGGCCGACAUCGACUUCGACAUCAUCAAGAAUGACAACGACACUUUCACAGUGAAGUACAUGCCCCCGGGUCCCGGACAGUACACCAUCAUGGUUCUGUUCGCUGAUCAGGAAAUACCCAUCAGCCCCUUCAGAAUAAAGGUGGACCCUUCCCAUGAUGCAGCCAAAGUCCGAGCAGAAGGACCUGGACUGAAUAAAACAGGUGUUGAGGUGGGAAAACCAACUCACUUCACUAUUUACACGAAAGGAGCAGGAAAAGCCAAACCUGAGGUUCAUUUCACUGCCGCCACUAAAGGUGAAGCCGUCAGAGACUUUGAGAUCAUCGACAACCACGACUACUCCUACACCGUUCGCUACACGGCCAUCCAGCAGGGAAACAUGUCCGUCACAGUUUGUCACGGAGGAGACCCCAUCCCUAAAAGUCCCUUUAACAUCAGUGUGGCGCCCCCUAUGGAACUGAACAAGGUCAAAGUUCAAGGGCUGAACAACAAGGUGGAUGUUGGGAAAGAUCAGGAGUUCACCAUCAGUACACGAGGAGCUGGAGGUCAGGGAAAACUGGAGGUCAAGAUCACCUCCCCAUCUCGUCGACCAAUCCCCUGCAAGCUAGAGUCUGGCACAGCCAAUGAGCUUCACACGGUGAAAUACAUCCCCCCCGAGGAGGGGCCGUACAGAGUGGAUAUCGGCUAUGACGGAAACCCUGUCCCAGGAAGUCCGUUCACUGUGGAGAGUGUGAUGCCGCCUGACCCGACCAAG